AAUUUGGGGACCUCGACUGUCCUUUGAAUUCUUUUCCUUCCUCCGAGUCCUUGACAGGAGUCUGUUCCCAUCAGACCUGCAGGUGACUCUUUUGCAGCCGCCGAGAGGAAGACACCCCAUUCUCCACCCUCAUUCGUUCUCUCCCUUCCCUCGGCGCCCCAAACCUUGUACCCAAGGUCCCUCCGCACCCUUCCUCCAGGGCUGGGCCCUCGCGGCAACUGGAUGAUUUUGGGGGUGAGAUGGUGCAGGAACAGAGAGAGAGGUGAACUGUGGGUGACCGUGCCUGCGGGCGACUUUCCUAUCUGCCCGCUCAGCCCUGGGGAGGAAGAUCAGGAAGCUUUGUGUCCCCUCCCCCUCUGCUUCCAUUUCGGACAUCCCGCAGGGACUCUUUUUGGGGUUCCCGCUGGCUUCAAGGAAGGACUCGCGCCCCUCUCUGACUCCAGCUCAGGCCGACACCUGUCUUUGUUCCGGUGACCUCAUGACCCUGCGGUGCCUCGAACCCUCCGGGAAUGGUGCCGAGGGGACGCGGAGCCAGUGGGGUACCGUGGGGUCGGGCGAGGAGCCGGCUCCGGAGGCGGAGCGUCUGACGAAGGCCCUGCGGGAGCUCAGUCAAACAGGAUGGUACUGGGGAGGUAUGACUGUUAAUGAAGCCAAAGAGAAAUUAAAAGAGGCGCCAGAAGGAACUUUCUUGAUUAGAGAUAGUUCGCAUUCAGACUACCUACUGACAAUAUCUGUUAAAACAUCAGCUGGGCCAACUAAUCUGCGAAUCGAAUACCAAGAUGGGAAAUUCAGAUUGGACUCAAUCAUAUGUGUCAAGUCCAAGCUGAAACAGUUUGAGAGUGUGGUUCAUCUGAUCGACUACUAUGUUCAGAUGUGCAAGGAUAAGGGAACUGGCCCAGAAGCUCCCCGGAACGGCACUGUUCACCUCUAUCUGACCAAACCACUCUACACGUCAGCACCAUCUCUGCAGCAUCUCUGUAGACUCACCAUUAACAAAUGUACCGGUGCCAUCUGGGGACUGCCUUUACCAACAAGACUAAAAGAGUACUUGGAAGAGUAUAAAUUCCAGGUAUAAAUGUUUCUCUUGUUCUAAACAUGCCUCAUCUAGAGUAUCUCCGAAUGCAGCUAUGUGAAAGAGAACCAAAACUUGAGCAACUGUUCUGGAUAACUACAUGGAAUGCUUUCUAAGAACACCUGGAGUCGAUCUAAUUUAAGUGUGUGAAGAGGUAGCUAGGUAUUUAAAGAGCUCUCCCCUCUCCCUCUACCUGAGUGAUGCUUCCCUCCCUAAGGCUGAGCAAGAGCAGUUGAUCCUUUCCAAUUAAUGGUAAAAUGGCCCACCUGAACACUUUAUAAGAAUACCUUGCCUCUCUGUGGUUCCUUUCCACUAGGUGUUAGGGCCUCGUGCCAGUGGCUGUAGAUGAAUAGCUCUUCAUAGGAGGCUGUGGAAGUGGGAGGAACCUGGCAGACCCAGGUGAACUUUAAUCUCAUCUGCCUGGUGAUCAGUCAUUUCAUAGUUCAUGCAUUCUGAUGCACCCAAGAGUUUUAGGAAACAGAUUGUGCUUGUGAGUAUUUAUCCAUUAUUUAUGCAAUUAACCAAAUCAACCAAAAAAAAAGUUGACCACGAAAUCCUGUAUUUGUCUUUUUUACUACAUGUAUGAACUCUCUUAUGUGAAUGAGUACUGUAGUAAUCCAUUUAAAGGUAGCCUUAUUUCAGAACUAUUUCAAACUGGUGCAAACGGAAAAGACUUCCUCUUUUCCUUUAAGGCUAAAGACAAGAAUGUCGCUAUACAGGUGCAACCCCACCCUCUUAAUAACACCAAUGUAGAAUAGACAUUUUACCCCUGAUGUAGCUGUGUUCCAACUUGUUGCCAUUGAUUUUUUUGGAAAUGGCUUUAGAACUUUCCAACUUGUCCGCAAAUUGUCUAGCCAUGGACAUCAACAGUUAUCUCCCUUCUACCAUGUAGAAUACUUUGACAUAAUUUUCUUCCAGAUACAGGGGGAUACCUGCCUAUUUUUCCAAGUGUUUUAUUUACUGCUGUUACUAUUUGAUUAGAAUGUAUUAAAUAAAUUGGAAAAAAAAAAA